UCCACCACCAGUAUGUCCAAGUACAAGCUUGUUAUGUUAAGACACGGGGAGGGAGCCUGGAAUAAGGAGAACCGCUUUUGCAGCUGGGUGGACCAGAAACUGAACAGUGAAGGACUGGAGGAAGCUCGGAACUGUGGGAAGCAACUCAAGGAGCUGAACUUUGAGUUUGACCUUGUGUUCACAUCCAUCCUCAAUCGAUCCAUCCACACAGCCUGGCUGAUCCUGGAGGAGCUGGGGCAGGAGUGGGUUCCCGUGGAAAGCUCCUGGCGUCUGAACGAGCGUCACUAUGGAGCCCUGAUCGGUCUCAAUCGAGAGAAGAUGGCUCUGAAUCACGGGGAGGAGCAGGUGAGGAUCUGGAGAAGAAGCUACAACGUGACCCCGCCGCCCAUCGAUGAGUCCCACCCUUACUACCACGAGAUCUACAGUGACCGGAGAUACAAGGUGUGCGACGUGCCUCUCGAUCAGCUGCCGCGGGCUGAGAGCUUAAAGGAUGUUCUGGAAAGACUCCUUCCCUAUUGGAACGAAAGGAUUGCUCCAGAAGUGCUGAGCGGCAAGACCAUUCUGAUAUCAGCGCAUGGAAAUUCCAGUAGGGCGCUCCUGAAGCAUCUGGAAGGUAUCUCGGAUGAAGACAUCAUCAACAUCACUCUCCCCACUGGAGUCCCCAUCCUCCUGGAACUGGAUGAAAACCUGCAUGCCGUUGGGCCCCACCAGUUCCUGGGCAACCAGGAGGCCAUCCAGGCGGCCAUUAAGAAGGUGGAAGAUCAAGGAAAAGUGAAACGAGCGGCCAAAUAA